AAACAAAAACUACACAUCCAACUCCGCCUCCCUCCCUACGUCUACUACAGCGGCAGAAGCUUAUUGUGUGAAAUUAGCAGGAAAACAGAAUUUAGUGUGUGAGGGAGAGCAAGGGAGCUCAGCUCGUAAAGAAAGGAGAAGGAAAUAAGGAAUGAAGAUAGAACAAGUGCAAUCAACCACAAAGAAACAGAGAAUCGCAACUCACACUCACAUUAAAGGCCUUGGCCUCCAGCCCGAUGGAAAAGCAUUACCUUUGGCUGCUGGGUUUGUGGGUCAGGAUUCCGCAAGGGAAGCUGGUGGCCUUGUGGUUGAUAUGAUUCGACAGAAGAAGAUGGCUGGCCGUGCCCUCUUACUAGCUGGUCCUCCUGGCACUGGAAAGACUGCGCUUGCUCUUGGAAUUUCCCAAGAACUUGGUAGCAAGGUUCCAUUUUGCCCGAUGGUUGGAUCAGAGGUAUAUUCAUCAGAAGUAAAGAAGACGGAGGUUCUAAUGGAAAACUUUCGGCGAGCUAUUGGUCUCCGCAUUAAAGAAAACAAGGAAGUUUACGAAGGAGAGGUUACCGAACUAUCUCCAGAAGAAACUGAAAGUGUGACUGGUGGUUAUGGUAAAAGUAUCAGCCAUGUUAUAAUUGGAUUGAAGACUGUAAAAGGAACCAAACAAUUGAAGUUAGAUCCGACAAUAUAUGAUGCCUUGAUUAAGGAAAAGGUAGCUGUUGGUGAUGUUAUAUACAUUGAAGCAAAUAGUGGAGCUGUUAAAAGGGUUGGAAGGAGUGAUGCUUUUGCUACUGAGUUUGAUCUCGAGGCAGAAGAAUAUGUGCCACUCCCUAAAGGAGAAGUUCAUAAAAAGAAGGAGAUAGUGCAGGAUGUUACAUUGCAUGAUCUUGAUGCUGCAAAUGCACGGCCCCAAGGAGGCCAAGAUAUAUUGUCUCUGAUGGGUCAGAUGAUGAAACCUAGGAAAACUGAAAUCACUGACAAGCUGCGGCAAGAAAUAAACAAGGUUGUCAACCGGUAUAUAGAUGAAGGUGUUGCAGAGCUUGUUCCUGGUGUCUUGUUUAUUGAUGAGGUUCAUAUGCUGGAUAUGGAGUGCUUUUCUUAUUUAAAUCGUGCUUUAGAAAGUUCGCUAUCUCCCAUUGUGAUCUUUGCCACAAAUCGAGGAAUUUGUAAUGUCAGAGGAACAGACAUGACUAGUCCUCAUGGUAUACCAGUUGACUUGUUGGAUCGCUUGGCUAUCAUAAGAACAGAAACCUAUGGCCCCGCUGAAAUGAUACAGAUAUUAGCUAUCCGAGCACAAGUCGAGGAACUCCAAAUAGAUGAGGAAAGCCUUGCUUAUCUUGGAGAGAUUGGACAGCAAUCAUCAUUGAGGCAUGCCGUCCAGUUGCUAUCUCCUUCCAGCAUCGUUGCUAAGAUGAAUGGCCGUGAUAUUAUUUGCAAGGCGGAUCUUGAAGAAGUGAAUUCUCUCUACCUGGAUGCCAAGUCUUCUGCAAAGCUUCUUCAAGAGCAGCAGGACCGAUACAUCUCGUGAGGAACUUGCUGAAGCGAGAUUGUUUCCACCAUUGUCCCUUGUCUCGUCUAGAAUCUAUGCCGUCUCACAGACCAGGACAUCCUUGCAUCUUUCUGGUUUUGUUGUUCUGUCACGCAUUGAUUCAGAUGUGAUUCUUGUCUAGGAAAUUCACUCAAAUUGUUGGCAUACAUUCGGAUUAGUUUUUCCAAUAGUCUGUCGAUUAUUUGGUGCCCC